AUGCAUGUGGAGUUUUACUUUUCGUGUCUUAAGCUACGCCGUCAAGGAUUCAGCACAGCUCGCUGCCUGACGGAAAGCCGAGCGCAAUAUGCUACACGUAUCUUCGUUGCUGAGCCUGUGCAAUUGGUGAUGAUGUGCAUGUGCAGUGUUCGCAUUGCGCAAGAAUUGUCAAGUGAACGUGACAGCAGAGCAGUCCGAAGUGCAGGUCGCACUUUGCUUCCGGGGCACCAUCUCUCGGUCUCGUCACACUCUCAACUAGUCGUGCGGGUCGGCGGUAUGGUUCCUGCAGACGUGGAUAUCACAGCGAAGAAUUCAGACCGCUCGGCACGUUCAGGCAGCAGCGAAAGAGCAAGAGAGAGAAUGCAGAUCGCAUGA